CAAGUUUUCUCAUGGACGAAUUGGAAGAUUUCCAACCAUUUGUCGAAUAUAUUAACUGGAAGGAUAAUCAGGAAACGUUCUUAUAAUGGCAUUUGCACAAUAAUCGUGGCACUAGGUAGGCAGGGCUCAUGACAUAACCUACCGAACAUGUUAUACUAAUUAUAUAGAUGUGUCGUGCAUUCAUCCUGUAUUACCUGGUGCUCCAUUGACGGCGAUUCCAUACUAUCCCAGGUCCAAACUUCACCGACCAACCUACCAUUGAUAUCGUGUCCACAUGACAAAAUCUAUUUCUUCGAUGGUCACCUACUCUCUGUAUAAAAAGGGGACCAUAUCCUCUGCAUCGACAUCAGAACUCACUCUGGUAUCACCCAUUACAUCUCGAGAACAAAGACAUUCUGUACGCUGUUCUCGCCCCGUAUUUCGAGCAUACUCGCUGACGUCUUCUUGUCCAGGACAAUGUCACAGCAUCGGAAGACAACUCUGACUCGCUACGGUGGAUGGCUCCCAGCAAAUCCUGCGAUUCACAAGAGCUUCAUCCGACAUGCCAUUCAGCUCAGCGCGCCUAGACACAGGACCAGGGCCGCCCAUACCGAACCUGUCGCAAACUUCCAAGCUGCUAUCAAUGCCGAUCCUGAGAUGGUCGACUUGUGGAAUCAGAUUUUCCUGCAAGCCUCUACGGAAAACCAGAUCACAAGCUUUGACCAGUUGCUUUACUUGUUGGAUGAAAUUAUUGUCGGGCCGCCGAAGUUCCACAUCGCCACGGACGAGGCCGGCAACGUCAUUGGGGAACCUAUCGGUGUCCCCAUGUAUCUCCUCUUCGACCUCCUUAGCAACACCGGUGCAGCCUAUGACCUCUUUCGCAAGCAGGCAUUCAACGUUGCCCUGAAGGACUUGUUGGAUGCUUGGGGCACGUACCUCACGACUCCCGACUCCAACAAGUCGCUCACCGAUGACGAUGAGGGUUGGUUCGGCUCUGUCGGCCUAGAGAGUCUUGAGGCCGAGGGUCGCGGCGAGUUCAACGCGACCUACGUGUGUCCUGAUCCUGAUGCAGUCAACCGUGGCUUCACCUCUUGGGACCAUUUCUUCACCCGUGAGAUUCAAGCCCAAGCUCGCCCCAUCGACUUCCCCGAGAACAAAACUCUCAUCCACAGCGCCUGCGAGUCCACCGUGUAUCGUAUCCGGACCGGUGUCAAAGAUCACGACCAGUUCUGGCUCAAGGGCCAGGCUUACUCCAUCUACGAUAUGCUCUACCGCGACGCCGCCGCGGCUCAGUCCUUCGUCGGUGGAACGGUCUAUCAGGCAUUCCUCAGCCCGCAGGACUAUCAUCGCUGGCGUUGCCCCAUCGAUGGUACCAUCACCCGUGCAGAGGUCGUUCCAGGAACUUACUAUGCCGUCAUCCCCGACGCUGGAGCUGAAGUCGGUGAUCCCGAUCUCCAGCCCGGCGAUCCCCACGGAGCCCUCAUUCGCUCUCAGGCAUGGCUCACCCACUCCUCCACUCGUGCCAUCAUCUACAUCCAAGCUGACAACCCAGUCAUUGGACUCGUCGCCUUCAUCGGUGUUGGAAUGGCAGAGGUGUCGACUUGUACGGUUUCCGUUAAGAGUGGACAGAAGGUCUCGACUGGUGAUGAGCUCGGGAUGUUCCACUUUGGUGGCUCGUCUCAUGCGCUCAUCUUUGGUCCCCAGGUCAAGGUCACUUUUGCGGAUCACGUCAUAGUCGACCAGCACCUCAAGGUGAACUCGAUCAUAGCGCAGGCCAGCAAGGCGUAAGUAGAGCAGGUGGUUGAAUACGUAUAAUGUUUGUACGUCAAUUUCCCAUAUGACUAGCUUGAAUGUACUAGUAUCGCUGUUUGUCUUGAAUGUAUGACGACCAUAUGCUGUUGCA